GCUCCAGCCGAUUGUGGUAUAGAAAUCGAUCAGCUCUAAAAACAAGAGCAUCAGAGAUCUUGUAUCAAAGAGUUCCAAGUGAAUCAAAAAAACAAUUUCCAAAAUGAAAUUCAUCGUACUGGCUCUCUUCUGCAUGGCUGCAUACGCCGCUGCUCAAGAAAUUGAACCUGAAGCUGUGGAAGAAUACUACGGCUCUCCUCGUUUUCGACGACACGCCGACCCUCAAGGGUCCCUCGUUAUCAAUGGACAGAAACCAUUGAGCGGACCGGAUCGUCGCCCAUCCUUGGACGUCGAUUAUCAUCAACGCGUCUACGACAGAAACGGAGUGAACGCGGACGCUUACGGUGGACUGAAUGUUCGUCCCGGACAGCCUGCUCAACCACACUUGGGUGUCCAAAUCGGGCGUGAAUACAAGAACGGCUUCAUCAGGGGAUACAGCCAGGCUGAACGCGGUCCUGGCGGCAGAAUCUCGCCCAGCUUCGGCAUUGGUGGUGGAUUCAGAUUCAGACGCAACGUCGAUGACAUGAUGUCAGAGGAACUAGGAUAUUAGAUCCAUCUAUGCGUACAGUUAACGAUUAGACUACGGAUUUUUCUACAAAUUCAUAAUUCUUUUGGACUCAAUUAGAGAAACUUGGACAGAGAUCAGCUUUUACGUAAUAUCAAUUACUAUUAGUAUUGUCCCGUAUUAAUUGCAUUUAUUUAGUAUUUAAUGAUUAUUUAUUUCAGAUAUGCAUUUACUUUGUUUCAUUUCGUAUACUUUAUGUAAUUGAUAAGACAUUGUCGAUUAAGAGAUUGUACUUGAAAAGAAAUGAUAAUAAAUGUAAUGUAAUGACAUAAA